GAAAUUGUGGGCUUGGGAGGAAAAAAAACGUAGGUACACGAAAUAGGAAAUGGAAGUGACGAUUAGGAAGAGGACAAACCGACAAACAUGAUAUCAAUUAUAAAAGUAUGAAUCAAACUAAUGUGUCAGCAUUGACAUAAAAAUUAACAUGCUGUGUUUCUGCAGGGAGCUCUGAGCUCUCCCUUCGCCUUCAUCGUUUUUGAAUUAUAAUUAUUCAUACAGUAUUUAUAAUCGGGCUAAUGACCGUGACUAAGCGCAACCAUGUAUAACGUAAUCCCAAUCCAAUUAAACCGGUUGGCACUUUAUCGGCUCUUGUAAAAUGGAUCCAUUACUCAUUGAAUGUAGUAGGUAUGGCGUUAAAUUCGCAUAUUUCCAAAUUGCAAGUCUAGUGUGAUUUAAAUCGUACAAGUGGCCGAAUCGGCUGACUAGAGAAAAUGUUGCAUUGGUGAAAAGUGAUCGCUAAACUAAUUAUGAAAUUUCUCGUCGCGAUAAUUGCGGUCUUCGGUGGUCAACUAGUUUCAUCGGUGGCUGGUGAUCGUCUUUCGAAUAACGUUCUAUUGAGGUAUAUGUGCGGUAAAGUGGCCUGUGAUGAUUUAAUAGUCGAAACGAAGCAAGGAAAACUGCAAGGUAGAGCCUUCGAGUCGGUUUUGAAUAAAAAUGAGUAUUAUGCUUUUCUCGGAAUACCUUACGCUAAACCACCCCUGGGAGAGUUACGGUUUCAGGCUCCAGAACCUGCAGAUUCUUGGGAUAAUGUGUAUGACGCGUAUUAUGAGAGAAGCAUGUGUAAACAGGUUGAUUUUGUGACCAAUUUUAUACCGAUUGGAGCCGAAGAUUGUUUACAUUUGACUGUGUAUACUCCCGAACUUCCGAAAAAAAUCAAAACUCUGAAACCAGUGAUGGUGUCGAUUCACGGUGGUGGAUUCUGUCGUCUUUCUGGAUCCAGAAGGAUGUUCUCAGCUGAUUAUCUGAUUACGAAAGAUAUCGUGUUGGUUUCCAUUAACUAUAGAUUGAUGGCAUUAGGGUUUUUAAAUUUAGGUAUACCGGAGUCUCCUGGAAAUGUUGGAUUGAAAGAUCAAGUCCUGGCUUUGAAAUGGGUUCAACAAAACAUAGAACGAUUCGGAGGUGACCCGAAUAAAGUGACAAUUUUCGGUGAAAGUGCUGGAGGGUCUUCGGUUCAUUAUCAUACCAUUUCUCCGAUGUCCAAAGGAUUAUUUCACAAGGCAAUUAUGCAAAGUGGGUCUGCUUUGAGUCCUUGGGGCCUGACUUUCAAACCGAUCCAGCAAGCUUUUGAAAUCGGAAAAAGAUGCGGAUACAAAGGAAAUGAUACCAAGGAACUUAUGUAUCAUUUGAGAAAUCAGACUAGUUCGACCAUUGUGACUGCAUCGAUGAGUUGGAUUUCUUAUUACAGAGAUGUGUAUCCUGCUAGGAUUAUAAAUAUCGGACCCUCUGUCGAGACUAUCCAAGAAGGAGCUUUUUUGCCAGAUUGGCCCACGAAUUUAAUCAAAACUGCCGCACCAGUUCCUGCCAUUUACGGAGUCAAUGAUAAAGAAGGAAUUUUAUCUCUUAUAGAUAUGAACAGAAGAGCUUUGGAAAUGAUAACGUAUAAUUUUUCAUUGAUGGUCAGUAAUAAUUUUAGAGUUGAUCCUAAACUGGUGCCUCAGCUGAGUGCCAAAAUUAAGAAGUUUUAUUUCGGUGAUAAAAAAGUAGGUCAUGAAAGUGCUGAAGAAUUGAUCGAUUUAUUUUCCGAUAUAUUCUUCUAUUAUGCUUACGAUGCGAUUGAUUUCUUGACCAAUUCUUCUAUUCCUCCUUAUAUUUAUGAGUUCUCAUACAAUGGACGACUGAACUACUUGAAUAGAUAUGCCAACUUCAUGAAAAGAACGAAAAUUAGAGGUGCUUCUCACGGUGACGAUCAAUUUUACCUAUUUUAUCAACAAUUCAUGCCAUCUUUUCCAGUAGUCGAUAGCGAAAGUAAAAAGAUGAUCGAUAUUAUGAUAACGAUGUGGACAAAUUUUGCAAAAACAGGAAUCCCUUCGGGCUCGGCGCAUUGGAACGUGUCCACUUUCAACGAACCUUGUUAUUUGGAGAUCGACGAACGUCCGGAAAUGAUGCCCGGAAAAUUUUACAAUCGAAGGUUGGAUUUUUUGAAGGGGUUGUUAGAUCCAGUCAUACAACCAGGAACUCAACCUUACGAUAUAUUUUAGUCAAUUUGAAAUAUUUAUUCAAUUUUUUGUACUUUUUUAUACUUACCCUGAUAAAAGAUUUUUUCUAGAUAAAAA